AUAGAAAUUUUGUUACUUUCACAAAACAUUGGUAUGGAUUGGAAGAAAGGUAUUUUCAGAUCCGCUUUACUAACUCAAGUUACUUACAAAAAGAAUACCUAAUUUCCAAAUCGUUAAAAUUGAAGUAACACUUUUUUGAAUAUUGUGAUGGUUGUCAAUAAUUUUUGUAAAAAUAUGGCAUCAGAUCAUCCAGCUAAAAAGAAAAUACGUAUUACAACUGAUUCUGAAAAUGAGAACUCCGAUGAGACUGAUUUUACACGGGACGACUCAACAAAUUUACUAAGUUUACAAUUAUCGUUACCAACAUCAGAAACAUCUUGUACAAAAUUAAACCAAGACGAUAACGAACCCGCAUCUUCGUCAUCAAACGAAUCAACACGACAUUUUCAAUUUGGAGCUAGCGCAAGUACGAAUUUUUAUAUCGAAAGUAAUGUUCGAAGAAUAUCAUCUCCACAUCGAAAUUUUGAUUUUAAUCAUAUUACCCAACCGUUAUUUUCUCCAUCAAAAGCAUGCGAAUCAGCUGGAGAGACUCAGACUGAUGAUAAUCGUCUUCAAAAUAUUAUCCCAGAGUUAAAGUUAUUAGAGGAACAUUUAAUAAAACAAUGUUUAUGUGGUGUAAGUGAACAGACUUUACGAAAACCGUUUCAACCGCAGUUAAAUGGAAACCAGCAGCGACUUAUAACCCUAAGUGAAUGGCCAAUGUCGAAAAUAUUUCAUUUUCUAUCUUGUUUGCACUUACUGUUCGAUGUUUAUUUAAAACAAAACAACAAAGGUUUCGUGUGUCCACGUCUGCUAGAUGUAUGCACGGCAAUUGUCCACGAUGAACAUCAUUUAAUCGACCAAAUAUUUCAAUUAGCUAGUGUUCAAAAUAAAAUCGUUAACUAUUUAACAAUACGUGUACUAUCCAGUUACUUUAUAAUCGCUAAAUCGAAUGUUGAUACUAUCUUAGUUGAUAAUAUCAUCGGUUACUUAAGUGCGGACAAUAAUAAAUUAAAUUUUAGCAUUGAAAUUAUAAAACGGAUUGUGGAAUGGAAAGAUGUUGAUAUUCAUGUCUUAGAAGAAGAUCAAAUUUCAUCUCCGGGAGGAGAAGUUGCUGUAGCAGGUUCAAGUUUUAACCAAAACUCAACACCAUGUCGAUUAAUUGCGCUAACAGAUCACGAAAGUUUUGAUACAUCACAAAUUAAAUGUUUGAUAAUUAAAAAGUUAGAAACUAAAUGGCCAGAACUAGUUAAAAAUAUCGAAACGUUAAUUACUCAUAAUUUAACCAAUGAAACUGAAUUUUGUAUACUAAAUUUUUUAUCGUUGUGGGAAAGUAUAAUAAGUGUUCGAGCGAAUUUAAGUGUGGUCGAAACUAAACCAUUCUAUGCUCACUUAGAAAAAUUUGUUAGUUUACUAAAUUUUAAUUUACCAAUUUUAAUAUGGCGUCAGUUACUGUCGUUAUUUAAUGAAGUACUAUGUUAUGGGAGUACAUUAGCGUUACAAGAUUUAUUACCGGAGGAAACAUGUGCGUUGGCCCAUUUGAUUGUACGUUACGUAAAAGAUUUUCGUUUAUUAGAUUCAUUACCAUAUCGACGAUCGCAACCAGUUUAUCCAUUGAUUGGAAUAAGUUCAAAUUCAUCCAAUCAGCAUGAUUCCAAUAUUGAUAAAACUUUGUUACAAAAAAUGGUUUUACUUGUGUUGAAGUCCGUUGCGAUUACAGUUAAAGAAACACGAUCGGAUAGCUCUGAUUCAAGUUUAGGUAGUGAUGAUUAUGAUUUUAAUCAAGAUAUGCAGUUAAUUGAACGAUCAAUACGAGAUGUACUUAAAAAAUUAGAUAGUUUUAUAAAGAUUGCUCUGGAAUUUCAUCCAGAAAGUUUAUUUACAACAAUGUUAAUUCAUUUAUUUAGCGAUCAAGAUGAUUACAUGAUUGAAUCGAUGGUAUGUACGUUAGAUAUCACUGUUGGAAUCUUUUAUCGAAAUUCAGUGUUCCCAGAUUUAAUCGUUAUGUUAAAUCCGUUUAAUACGUUUGUUGAAUUUUUAAGAAUUGUUAGUCAAGAUUCAGACGUGUUAUUAGAUUAUCUAGUAUCAAACGAAACGUGUUUUUUAUUAUAUUUAUUACGAUUUUUAAAAUAUGUCAGACGUAAUUGGUCGAAAUUCGUAUAUAGUUGUACAGAAAGUCAAUUCACAAUGUCUGGUGGAAGUACAGGAGGCACGACCUCGUCUUCGUCACAUUAUUAUAGCUAUAAUUCGUCAACAAGUGGUAUUGAUUCUAUUAUGGCAGUAUUAAUUCGAUUGCGGCUACAAAUUAAUCGGCUUGUAUCAAAACAAUUAUUUCCGUAUAAUAUUAGUCCGGUGCUACGUUUAUUAGAAACAUGUGAAAGUAUGUAUGAGGGUAACGAAUUAACGUGAUGUUGACUUUCCGACAAUUCCAUUUUGGCAUUUUUUAGCUUUUUUUUA